AAACAACGGUUUUUCAUCGACAAGUCCAUGCUUGAAAACAGCCUUUUGUUUCCUCGUGACGUAGCCACCCAAGCCACCCCGUUAAUUUGACUUCGUCCAAUCACGAGGCCGCAAUUUCGCGCCAUAUCUACUGACGCUAUAAAAGCCGGCACGGCCUCCCGCGCUUUUAUUUCCCCAAGUGUUUUUGUAGAGCGUGCUUGUGAUAUCUAAGAUGCCUUCGUACGAUAAAGAGAACGUUUUGACGGAGUUGAACAAGGUGAACAUUACGUCGCCGAAAAAAGCGGAAAAAGUGCAGAAGGAAGUGAGUACGUUCGAUCCCCAACUGGAGCCCCUUUUGAGGGAAAACCCCAGGCGUUUUGUGGUGUUCCCCAUCGAGUAUCACGAUAUUUGGGCCAAGUAUAAGGAAGCAGAGGCGUCUUUUUGGACCACUGAGGAGGUGGAUCUCGCCAAAGAUAAAGAGCACUGGAAGAACUUGACAGACAAUGAAAGGCACUUCAUUUCGCACGUUUUGGCGUUUUUCGCUGCAUCUGACGGUAUUGUUAACGAAAAUUUAGUCGAGAGGUUCAGUCAGGAGGUGCAAGUAACCGAAGCUAGGUGUUUCUAUGGCUUCCAAAUCGCAAUUGAAAAUAUUCAUUCGGAGAUGUACAGCACCUUAAUUGAGACUUACAUCAGCGACCCAGACCAGAAAGAGUUUUUAUUUAACGCCAUACAAACGAUGCCGUGUGUGAAGAAAAAGGCCGACUGGGCUCUGAACUGGAUUGGCUCUAAGAAUGCCACCUUUGGGGAGAGAAUUGUAGCUUUUGCUGCCGUUGAGGGUAUAUUUUUCUCUGGGAGUUUUGCUGCCAUAUUCUGGCUCAAAAAACGCGGUUUGAUGCCUGGUUUAACAUUCUCCAACGAGUUGAUAUCGAGGGACGAAGGUUUACAUUGCGACUUUGCCUGUUUGAUGUUCUCCUAUUUGGUGCAAAAACCAUCCAAAGAACGUGUGACUGAAAUUAUCAGGGAUGCGGUUAAAAUCGAGAAGGAAUUUCUUACGGAUGCUCUCCCUGUGAGCCUCAUUGGCAUGAAUUGCGAGCAAAUGUGCAUUUACAUCGAAUUUGUCGCCGAUAGGUUGCUUUCAGAGCUGGGCUGCGAUAAGGUUUACAAGGUUAAGAACCCCUUUGAUUUUAUGACGAUUAUUUCCACUGAAGGCAAAACCAAUUUCUUCGAGAAAAAAGUUGGCGAGUAUCAGAAAAGUGGGGUUACCCUUAUUGACAACAACUCAGAGUUUACUACAGAUUGUGACUUUUAAAUUGAUUUUAUGUUUUUUUAAUUUGUAUAUUGACUGUCUAGAUUUAUAUUGUAUUUAAGAGUAUCUAUUUUAUAUUAGUUUUAUUUUGAGACCCUUCAUAAGGGUCUAGUUUUAUUUAGUAAUUUGCUUUAAUUUAAUAAAGUUAUUUUAUAAUAAA